AUGACCAAGCUGCAGUCAGGGCAGGCGCGGCAACCAUGCUACAGCAACUUAUUGCUGAGGCAGAGAACAAGAACGUGGUGUUUCAGCGAUGACCUCAGCACACAGACUCGGGAGCAGCAGCUGCAGGGGCUGGCUGCAUGUCACGAGGAUGAUUUCGCUCUUGUGAACAGUCAAGUGCUCCUGAAGGGCAUAGAGACUAAGGGCUACGUGAUAUUGAGUGCUGCCAAAGCUGAAAUCCUCCAGAGGGUGCACCGGCCUGUAUGGAAGGACAGGACUCUGGUCUCCAAGACCACCUGGGUCGGCUCGUUGGAGUGUAUGCAGUACUAUGCCACAGUCAGUGCUGGCGAGAACGACUCCUUGGAUGAAAACAUAAUGUGGUUAAAUGUGGAAAACAUACAGGAGAAAGAGGGAACAUAUAUCACAGACCUCCCCGACUUGCCCCACCUGGUGGGCAGUGGGCAGAGUGUCGGGGGAGUGAUCAGUGAGACAGUGGGGGCCAGCAGUACAGAGGAGAACCCUCCUUUACAGCUACAAAGGAUAGUGUCACGGUGCAAGUGUGAGUUCUUUUACGUGGGGUACGGUGAGAGUUCCAUGGACCCCCACAACCUGGCGGAGGUACCUCCCGUGCCUCCAGAGGAGCCCAGUGGUCUAUGGGAGCGACGGGAAACUGCUGUGGAAUGCCUUCACACUCAUGCAUCAUGACCUUGACGUCUGUACCAACUCCCUGCAGUAUGCCAUGAUUUUGGACAUAGUCAACAACCUGCUGCUGUAUGUGCCACCGAGACGGAAGGAGGCUUACGAGCGCUUACAGAGGAUGAGGUUCCAGCUGCAGCUACACAGUGUAGAAGACCAGCAUAGACCCAUUCAGCAGCUGCCAGAAUCAUGUGCGAUCGUUGGUGUCCAAACUGCGUAAGCUGGAGAAGGAAACUUACCUGGUACAGAGAGCCCUAGCGGACGAGCCGGGCAGCGAACAUCUUCUCACGGAGAUGGAGAUUCUGGAAGAGCGGGUAUAUGACUGCAAAGAGCAGCUGUUGUCCCAAAGUGAUGAGCUGCACAUGAUGCUCUCCUGCUACAAAGAGACACAGCUCUCGACGAGUCAGAAGCUGGCGACAACGCGCAGGGACAAACCGGUCACUGUGGUGCGAGCC